AUGCGUGAGAAAGACGAGGAUUACAAGACGUUUCAUAGAAGUCGCUGCAUGCAAAUGAAAACCGCUCUGGAGCACCACGCAGCUUCCAUUUAUAUGAAAGGAAUGUUUCGAAGAUUUCAGGAAAAAUUGGUUGAAUCAUCUAAGUACUUUGUGGAGAAAGAUAGAGAUCGGUCCUUGGAAGAUGUUGAAGACACAUUCUACAAAUGUUAUAGACCGUUGAUGCGUGUUUCUCUAAGAAUCACGUAUCUUGUAUCAUUCACCAAGGCGUCAUUACGGGGUUCAUGCAUUUGUAGAAUGUAUGACAAUGUCGGCAUACCAUGCCGUCACAUUAUUGCCGUCUUGACGAAGAGGUGUGUGGUGGAACUACCGGAACAUUUUGUGAAACGGCGUUGGACAAGGGACGCCAAUAGAGUUGAUGGCAAGUUGCCAUAUCACACGUCCGAAGUUGAAUCACCAUCUCAUGAAAUGACUCCCACGGAAAGAUUCAACCACAUGACAUUAGUCACCAUGGCGUUUAGUCAUAGUUGCAUGGCAUCGAAAGAGCGGUAUGAGUAUGCCGUUGGGGUUAUUAAUCGGGAAACAGAAAUACUUGAGAGCAUGCCCGUUGACGGGGUCGAGGUCGAAAAUGAGGGAGGUGAAUUCAAUCCAAAAACAACUGGAGAAGGUGGUGAGAAAAUGCAUGGGAGUAUCCUUGACCCCUUGGUGUCGAAAAUGAAGGGACGGAAAAAAGAGUACCGCUUUAAAAGCCCUGUUGAGGAACUUACAAAAACAAAAAGAAAAUACCGAUAUUGCAAUAUGUUGGGAUAUGAUGUUGGGAUGUGUCCCAAAAAAAAAGAAGAUGAUUUAAGAAAAGAUGAAACUGCCUAA